UUCAUCUUGGCUAAUGAUUAACAUUUCACUUACGCUGUUAAUACAUUACCUAGCAUUUUAAACAUUAUGUAAUGCUCUAUUUCUAACCUCAAUGUUUCCCGUUUCGGUUCGAACCACUCACAAUACACAUAGUAUUUUAAUUGCGAAUCGGUUUCGCCCAUAUCUUAUCGUUAACUGCCAUCAGAUAAACGAUAAAUUUUAUGUACUAUCUUCGCGAAUGAGAGCUCAGUAUCGUUCAAACUGCAGGAAGACUCACUAUGGUUGACCUAACCCCAAUCACUACAUGUAUUGCAUAUUACACUGAAGCCUUACAGCCUUACAUGAUCUUCUAUUUACGCAAUAUUAUCUUUCAAUGCAAGCUGUAGCUUUAACCGAUGUUAGGGUGAAUAGUAUAGGUAAAUGUAGUGAGUGAAAAGUGUAUUGCAUGAUCCUAACGCGUUGAUUGUUCGUUUGAAGUUACUGCCCUGUAUUGUGAUAAAAGUCGAGGCAUAAUGUUGGAUUACACUAGUGAGUUAGAAUUGCAAAAAGAAGCAGACGAAGUGGAACAACUUGCAAUGACUUCCUUAGGAAAACUAGUAUUUGUAGAUUUACAUUGUAGACAUUCAAAGUCUUUAUCUUCAGAUAAACCAUCUGUAGAUGUUGAUUCCUUAUCACUUGCUUUUGAAGACCUUUUUUGUAUGCCAUUUGACAUUAUUGAAAAUUAUAGUAAUAUUCUCCAUACACUGGAUAUUAGUCAUAAUAUGUUUAGUAGAAAUUUACAAUUUUUGACCGAAUUUGAAAAUUUAACAUCUUUAAACCUAGACCAUAAUAACAUAGACGAUCACACAGUUUUUCCACAUAUGCCGAAACUUCAGCUUCUGUGGUUAAAUCACAAUAAUAUAAAAGAAUUGUAUCCAUUUAUUAAGAAUCUCUAUGAGAGUCUACCCAACCUCAGAUAUUUGUGCCUUAUGGGAAACAAGGCAGCACCAAGUUAUUUAAAUGGUGGUACCUUUUAUGACUAUCUUCAGUACAGGUUAUACGUCAUAUCUUUGUUUCCUCAUUUGGUACAUCUGGAUGAUAGAGCUGUGACUCCGGAACAACGACAGGAGGCAAAAAGGCUUUACAAGCGACCACUGUUAGAGAAUCUAACUGAAAAUGCUCCUCUUCCAGAAUGCAUUAAACAACUACAUAACAAAAUUGCAAAUAUAUUUUCAAAACCUACACUGCCUUAUAAAUUGAAACCAAGGGGCACAAACUUUGUUGUUUAAGACAGUAUUAUCUUAGUAAUAUGGUCUUGUUCGAAAGCUGUCCAUUUUUGUCACAGUAAAAAAUAUUUAUGGAAAGGUAGAUAUACAUUUUUUAUUUUACAUAGGAACAAAUACACAGAAGCAACCACAUA